UCCAAGACGAACUGUCUAUUUUUGCUGUGGAGUAAAUUAUUUGAGGUUACUUCAGGCGAAUAAUGUUAAAAAUCUUGCAUUUAUUUGAAUGAUUCAUAUUUGCUAAUUGGAGUAGGCGUGAAAUAUAUUUUUUUUCAACCAUGGCCACCGUAUCAAGUGCACCAGCCCCAGGCAUGCAUCAAAUAGAUCUAUCUAAGCUCAAUUUACAGCAGUUGGCCCAACUUAAACAGCAAUUGGAUCAAGAAAUUACUGUAUUUCAAGAUUCAUUACAUACUUUGAAGAUAGCCCAGGGAAAAUUUAUGCAAUCAGGUGAAUGUGUUGAGAAAAUGACUCCUGAGAGCAAAGGAAAGAGUAUACUUGUACCACUGACCGGUUCUAUGUAUGUCCCCGGCACAAUAUCAGACACAGAGAAUGUGCUCAUUGAUAUAGGAACUGGCUAUUAUGCUCAGAAAGACAUAGCCGGUGCUAAGGACUAUUUCAAGAGGAAAGUGACAUUUGUCACAGAACAAAUGGAAAAAAUCAAAAUGCUAGGUAUAGAAAAAUCAAAGGUUCACAAAGCUAUCUGUAUGAUGAUUGAAAUGAAGUUGCAAGCUCAGAUGCAAGCGGCGAAACCAUCUACUUCAUAAAAUAUUUAGUUGUUUCUAAGUAACAAUUGCUUUACCAUUUAUGUAGCCUUGUAACACGAGGCUUUAUUUAAUAUAGCAUUAGAAUCUUGGCAUUUACACCACACACCGCCUACAGGGAUAAUCUGAUCACAAUUUUAUAUGGAGUAUAAUAUAAAACUUAUGGCGAAUUGUAAGAAGUUUUUACCUCUCCUUGAAUACUUUUUCACAUAAAUGUACUGAACUUUAUCAUUAUAGUCAUAGGCUAAGCUAAGCGAGAUUCUAAUGUCUUAAUUUUAUCAUAAAAAAUAAUAAUGCAUUUCUGUUUCUGAAUAUUUGAUAUAUUAAUAAAAAAGUGUAUGACUUCAUUUAGUUAAUUGAUCACAACUUUGUUAACCUCUCUCUUUUGGCAUAAUGUGUUUGAUAAUAAAUUAAUAUCAGUA